GCAGCACGUUUCGCGCGCGAACGUUCCUCGACGAAGGUCGCGAGCGAGCGAGCGAGCGAUUACGCGGGCCGCCGGGUUAUCUCGCGAUUCGCGCGUCGGCCGCGUGUCAAUCCAGUGCCAAUCGCGUUGCGAUCGCGAUCGAUCGUCGCCGGCGCUCGACGGACUUGGGGGCAGGCGAUUGGAGACGAGACCCGAGGGUCCCGAGGUCGCGGCGGGUCCUGAAAUCCGGGACGAGAAAGGCGGAAGCGCAAGGAUCGUUCAUCGGGGGAGAAGUUUCCGAGACGAUACGUUUCUCGGAGCGGCUCGUACCGAGCGGGAUCUUCGGAAGCGGCAGGUCAGCAGGUCGAGCCGCGGCCCGUCGCUCGUUUGUUCUCGUGUCGACCACCGGUCCGCCACGCAUCUCCUCAAAAUUCGGCCCCGCAGGCUCGUCGAGUGCCUCUGCGCGACGCUCGCGAUCCUGUCGCCCGUCGCGCUCGCCCGCGACAUGGCCACGUACGGGCGCUACCGCGGCAGGAACAAUCAGGAGCUCGUGCAGCAUCUACGGCGGUCCAGGGUCAUCAAAUCUGAAAGAGUGUUUGACGUGAUGAGUUCCGUGGACAGAGGAAAAUACACUCAUCCCAGCCACGCGUACGUGGACGCGCCGCAAGGGAUCGGCUAUGGUGUCACCAUCAGCGCGCCACACAUGCACGCGUAUGCCCUGGAAUUGCUUGAAGACAAGCUGCGCAACGGCACGAGGGCACUGGACGUCGGCUCUGGAUCCGGAUACCUGACGGCAUGCAUGGCGCUGAUGAUGGGGCCACAGGGCCUGGCCGUUGGAAUCGAUCACAUUACGGAGCUUCGAGCGAUGGCCGAGGAGAACAUUCGGCAUGACCACCCGGAACUCCUGAGCGACGGACGCGUGGAGUUGGUUGUUGGCGAUGGGAGAUUGGGAUAUCCCAGUCGUGGACCGUACGACGCCAUUCACGUGGGAGCGGCUGCUAAAGAGAUGCCGCAACCGUUGAUAGAUCAGCUGGCACCUGGCGGACGUUUAAUAGUACCUAUGGGUCCGGAGAAUUCGGAUCAAACCUUGGUGCAAAUCGACAAGACUCUGGACGGCAAGAUUAAGCAGCGCUCCCUGAUAAGCGUGGUGUUCGUCCCGCUCACCGACAAGGAGCGACAGUACAGUCGAUCAUGAGGCACGUGUCUGCUCCAAUAAGUGAGCGCCGUUUUAUUUAUGUUUAUUAUAUUAUUUUGUUAUCGUAACUUAUUUACUGUUAUCAUUUAAUGGCAGAACGGCUCGACAAAAAGUACCUACGUGCAUAAAAUCAAUUAAUUUAUAUCUCUAUCUACGAGGGCUGCACUGAUACAUUCUCGCCCAACAACUCGUUACAAGUCGCUACGAAGAUUAAUCGAAAUCUCGAAAUAUUUCGGUUUUUUUUUUUAGAUUGUGACUAAUACAGCUCGUUUUAUCGCAUUUUAUUUUUCACAAACGAGCAACAAGUAGACAUUGCUGUGGUUUUCACUCCCAGAGAAGUUGAUUAACUAGAUACGCGAUACCGAUCGACCAUGUUCUUCAGCAUAUAGUCAUGUGAAUAGACAGUUAAGAAAGAAAGAAGUAAAUUUAAGCCAAAUCGCACAAUAUCAAUGGUACAUUUGCCACCUUGCAAUUGCUUAAGCUUUUGACUUAAAUCAUGAACGGAACGGAAGAAAAGGUUACAUGUAUCAAUAUAUCUCUUAAGUUAUCUUAUCACUUGACUUAUUAUUCAUGUGCUUCGUAAUCAUCUUAUUGUGAGUUUCUGUAAGGUCCUAUUUCACAGAUUGGACGAAGAAGACUGCAAUGAAGCAUUUGAUUUAUUAAUAUACAUAAAAUUGUUUACAUCUCUAUGUGUAACCAGGCUACUAUUGUAUCUAAUGUACUCAUUGUAUAGCUUUUCUAUUUCUCCUAUUAAUUACUAUCUAUAUUUCUUUAAAUUGCAGAUGCUAUGUCUGACGUAGAGUAAAUGUACAUAAUUUACAAUAUACAGUAAAUCUUAAA